AUGAUGCUCAAUGAAAUAAGUCAACUUUUACCUGCAAUAUCAAGGUUUUCCGUGUAUUUUGUUCCGAUUGUUAUGGCUCUCGCUUCAAUUUACGCAUAUCAUGAGAUAAAUAUGCCUUCACAGACACAUGGAUUCGUUUUAGAGUACGAGCAACACUUCCCUGAGUAUGAUUUUACAGCAUAUUUAUACAAACACAAGACAUAUAACUGUCCUUUUUUAUAUAUUAAAACAAAAGAUCAACAUAAUUUCUUUUCAACGUCUUUUCGCACUACAAAUACCGAUGAUUCCGGAAUCUCACAUAUUUUGGAGCAUUUAGUGUUACAAGGAUCAGAAAAAUAUCCAGUUAGAUCAAUUUUCAACGAAAUGCGAAAGAGAUCAUUUGCAACAUUCAUGAAUGGAUUCACUUCCAUAGAAUGGACUUCUUUUCCAUUUUCUACAACAAAUAGCAAAGAUUAUUUUAAUUUACUCGAUAUUUACUUAGAUUCUACAUUUCAUCCCAGUUUAACAGAAGAAAUCUUCAAGUCAGAAUGUCACCAUCUCGAAUUCGAAAUACCGAAUAAUUCUUCUUCUUCUCUUCGUCAUACUGGAGUUGUUUACAAUGAGAUGAUAGGAGAACAGUCGCGACCAGCCAAUAGGUUCAGCAAUCUUAUCAGACAAAAUCUUUACGAUGAUUCCGUUUUGGGACUAAAUUAUGGCGGUGAUCCGCAAAAAAUUUCAAGAUUAACAUUAGAAUCGGUCAAAGAGUACCACAAAAAAUACUACCAUCCAUCAAAUGCUAUAUUCUUCCAUUACGGAAGCAUUCCUGUAUCAGAAGUCAUGAAAAAAGUGAAUUAUGUUAUUUCAUCGUUCAGCAACAAAUACGAACAGCCAAAGGACGCAUCCAUUGAGCAGCCCAAGUGGUUAAAUCCCCGACAAGUGGAAGUAGAAGGCCCAAUUGUUGGAGAUCCAAACAAAAUUUUGUCAGGAAUCGUAUGGAUGGUUGGAGAUUUAUCAAACUAUAGUGAUAUAUUCGAUCUACAUUUCCUUUCCGAGCUGCUCAUGGACUCAACUUCUUCUCCUCUCUUUAAAGGACUGAUUAAGAACGAAAUUGGCACAAAUUUCAUACAUAGCGGCUUCAUGUCGGUUGUGAAACAGCCAUAUUUCUCAAUAGCACUUGAAGGAGUCGACAAAAACAAGUCUUUUAUUGGGAAAUCGGUUUUGGCAAUUUUGAAUCAAGUUUUUACCGAUAAUUUUGAGCGAAAAAGAAUCGACAGUGUCUUACAUAACCUAGAAAUGCAAGAUAAACUUACUGAUUCUAACAGAGGACUCAAAAUUUGGAAAAAUGUAAUAUCUUCCUGGAUCCACGGAGUUAAUCCCAUAGACAUCAUAGACAACAAAUGGGAAAUCGAGCGCAUAAGAUCUGUGCUCGCUUUGCAACCGAGAUACUUCGAAUUAUUAUUAAAACAGAAAUUGAUCACAAAUUCGCACAGAUUGGAGAUCUCAAUGAAAGGAGUACCUAAUUUCCAGGAAAACUAUAAUAAAAAGAUCAAAAGUGAACUGACCAAUCUUAAAAAUGAAAUGACCAAUGACGAUAAAAAUAAAAUUAUCUCAGAAACCCAAAAACUUAAAAAUAUGUCAGAAAAUGUAAAUAACGUACAAAAACUACCAAAUUUACAAAUUUCUGACAUCCCCACCAAAGCAGAAGAAAUAAAAUACGUGAAUAACCAGAAAGUUACGUAUUUCAACACUCAAACAAAUGGAAUUGCCUUCGUUACAAUAAAAAGUGACAUUCCAAUAGAAACAGAAAACAUUUCUGACUUAAAACUAUUAGAUUUAGUUCUAACUGAUGUCGGAGCUGAUGAUUUGGAUGAGGACCAGUUCGCUGAUGAAGUUUACUUAUAUACUGGCGGUUUUGACAGUUCAUUAACCUUAAAUACUGAUUGUAAAACCGGUUUAUUACAUUGUCACUUUUCUUUGACAAGUUCAUGUUUGGUCAAAGAUUUUGAUAAGAUGUUGUCACUUUUUAAGAAGACUAUAACUAAUCCCAGGAUAUUUAAUAACAGUAGAAUUGAGUUAUUGAUGGAAAUGACGAAGACAAACUACAAAAACAGGAUUUCCCAAAAUGGAAAUUUCUUUUCUUCGUCGUUUGCUGCACAAGAAAUAUCAAAAGAAGCAAAAUUAAAUGAGCUGUGGAAUGGAAUUUCUUUUUACAAGAAACUUGACAAAAUAACGGAUUUUGUAAACCUCUCAAAAUAUAUUGAGAGCCUUCACAAAAAUGUUUUUAUGUCAGGAACAUUUACAGCAUCAUUACAUUGCCAGGAAAGUCACAGUUCUUCUUUGAUUCCGAAAUUAAAUUCUUUAAUUUCGGAAAUUUCCCCUGUACAACCUAAAAAAGUGCCAAAUUCAGUCACUUUUACGGGUGAAGUGACCAACACAAUAUUAGAGACAGAUUCAUCUACUUAUUUCACGUCGAUUGUCACGAAAGGUCCGAAAUACACUGAUUUAGAAAACUGUGUCAAAAGAUCUUUCUUUUGUUUACUUCUAUCGUCCGAAAUUUUGACACGUAAAGUUAGAGAAGAACUUGGAUCAUAUGGAGUUUCUGCAAAACAUGAUUUCAACUCAGGAAUCACUUCUAUUUCUAGUUACAGAGACACAUGUCCUAAACAAGUUUUAGAAAGUUUUAUGAAGAGUAUUUCAUAUUGUUCUGAGCAUUGUGACAUAGAUAUGAUAAAGAGAAUGCAAAUAAGAUACUUUUCUAUUCUGGAUUCACCGAUUUCGCCUCAGGAAUACGGACAAAGUAUCUUUUACGGAAUUUCUAACAACGAAAUUCGACAAAAAAUAAGAGAAUUAGUUCUAAACAUGAAUGUAGACCAAAUUACUAAUGAAGCAAAGAACUUAAUGAAAGCAAAUUGGUCGUCUGCAAUACUUGGAAGUGCUAGUUUGGCACCUCUACCUCAAAAAUAUACAAAUGUGAAAUUAUAA